UCGCCCCGCCCCCCCCUCUCUUUCCCCCUUCGCCUUCGCAACCACACUCGUUUCCUCCCUACAUCGCCACCUUCCGCGAUCUCGCGAGACUUGGCGCAGAACAUUGCGGAUCGGGCCGGCGCCAUUUUGGGACUGAGUCUGGCUGUGGGGGGAGGGAAAAGCGGCAAAAGGGGAUUAUUCAAAGUACCGAAAACCUCCUCCCGGGACCGAGCGCAGCGACACCCCCGGGCCAGGGGCACCUCCGGUGGGGCGGAAGGUUAUUUGUGUAAAAAAAACUAAAAAAACCUUGGAUAUUUGGAGUGGCCAUUAUUUGGAAUUAUGAUGACUGGAUAUUUUUGACCCAGAAGUUUAUUAAGACUGGCAAGAAACAACUUGGAAGUGAAUUGACAUCAGUGAACAAUUUCACUGCUCCACCGCAGCAAUACAGGCACUUCUUCAGUAUUUUGGUUCAGAACAAAUCGUUUUAAGGGUUAAAGUAGUUCAGCUGGCAGAAUUUUGCUGAUUCUUUUUUUUUUUUUUUAGUUAAUGUUCUUAAGCCAGAGCUGUAAGAUAUGUUUGAUCUGUGUACUGAAUAGUUUAAACAUUUUCAAAAUUGUUUAAACAUUGAUGAAGUUUCAUGGCAGAUAUUUUUACCUUUACUAUAAAUUUUAGGUAUUUUGAAGUCCACCUUUCUCACUUUGCCAUGCAUCCUCUUUUCUAAAUGAAGAGAUAAUAGAAUCCAGAGGUUUUUUCUUCUUUUAUUUAAGUGUAAAUAUAUUUUCUAAAAUGUUGCCUUUAACCAGCAAUAUGGUGGUAUUGAGAUAGCUGUUGUCUCUCUCUAUAUGCUGAUGCUUAGGAAUGCUCUUCACUUCAGAUGUGAAAUCUGCUUUUUGUUUUUUGCUUUUUGUGUUAUAAAACGGAUAUUUCAUCUGGAGUGGAUGCUUAUGACAGUGACAUGUACACCAGAUAAUAAAGAAGAAAGGUUUCAGAAGAUUUCACAAUCUUAAAUCCAAGACUAAUUCUGGAAAUAGCCAUAUGAAUAAUUUAAAACAAAAGGAUGGGUAGCUGACUUGAAGUAGCUCUAUGUCAAAUAGCCACAAGUCAGGUACCUUCAAGGAACUUGGAUAUUAUUUCAAAGGAUACAAAAUAAAAACACAAACUGGAAAAAGUGAAGAUUCCACUUCCAGAGAGAAAAUUGACACCUUCCUGUGCAGUCCUGUUGGAUUUUAGCAGUAAGGUGAGAAACCAGGAUCAUUUAACCAGUAUCAUUGGAGAUGAUAACAGAGAAUUCAGGAGUACAAAAAGGCAAAGGCAAAGGGGCUUGCCAUGAGGUGUUGAAACCUUGUUUCACUGAGUUGGAGAGACUGGACCUAAAUGGCGCAGCAUGACUUUGCUCCAGCCUGGCUUAAUUUUCCUACUCCACCAUCGUCAACAAAGUCAUCACUGAAUUUUGAAAAACAUUCUGAAAACUUCCAGUGGGCAGAGAAUCGUUAUGAUGUAAAUCGUAGACGACACAACUCUUCAGAUGGCUUUGAUUCUGGUAUUGGACGUCCUAAUGGAGGAAACUUUGGAAGGAAAGAAAAAAAUGGAUGGCGUGCACAUGGAAGAAAUGGUACUGAAAACAUAAAUCAUCGAGGGGGAUACCAUGGUGGAAGUUGCCGUUCUCGAAGCAGUGCUUUCCACUCUGGAAAAAGCCAAGGACUGCAUGAAAACAAUGUCCCUGACAAUGAAACUGGGAAAAAAGAAGACAAGGAAGAACGCAAACAAUUUGAGGCUGAGGAUUUUCCAUCUUUAAAUCCUGAAUAUGAGAGAGAGCCAAAUCAGAAUAAAUCUUUAGCUGCAGGUGUAUGGGAAUAUCCUCUGAAUCCUAAAUCUAGAGCUCCAAGAAUGCUGGUCAUUAAAAAAGGUAGUACAAAAGAUUUACAGAUAUCUGGAUUCCCUGCAGUAGGAAAUCUUCAUUCUCAGCCAGUUAAAAAUGGAACUGGUCCAAGUGUUUAUAAAGGAUUAGUCCCUAAACCUGCUGCUCCACCUACAAAGCCUACACAAUGGAAAAGCCAAACUAAAGAAAAUAAAGUUGGAACUCCUUACCCUCAUGAGUCGACAUACGGCAUUGGCAACUUUAAUGCCUUCAAAUCAACUGCCAAGAAUUUUAGUGUAUCAACAAAUUCAGUUAAAGAGUGUAAUCGCUCAAAUUCCUCUUCUCCUGUGGACAAACUUAAUCAGCCUCGUCUAACCAAACUGACCCGGAUGCGCACUGAUAAGAAGAGUGAAUUCUUAAAAGCAUUGAAAAGGGACAGAGUGGAGGAAGAACAUGAAGAUGGAAGUCAUAUUGGACCAGAAAAGGAUGAUGACUCAUUUAAUUUGCAUAAUAGCAACAACCCUCACCAUGAAAGAGACAUAAACCGAAAUUUUGAUGAAAAUGAAAUUUCACAAGAGAAUGGCAAUGCCUCCGUGAUUUCCCAACAGAUCAUUCGGUCUUCUACCUUUCCACAAGCUGAUGUCCUUUCAAGUUCACUUGAGGCAGAACAUAGGUUGUUAAAGGAGAUGGGUUGGCAGGAAGACAGUGAAAAUGAUGAGACAUGUGCUCCCUUAACAGAGGAUGAGAUGAGGGAAUUCCAAGUUAUUAGUGAACAGUUACAGAAGAAUGGUCUUAGAAAAAAUGGUAUUUUGAAAAAUGGCCUGAUCUGUGACUUCAAGUUUGGACCCUGGAAAAACAGCACUUUCAAACCCACUUUUGAGAAUGAUGACACAGAGACAAGCAGCAGUGACACAUCAGAUGAUGAUGAUGUGUGAAGGAUUCUCUAACAGCUUUAGAAGUUUUAGUGUGAUACAUCUCAUACAGUUUGGGGUGAAUUGUAAAAAUGAAGAACUAUAAUUUAUGUAGUAAAAUACCCCAUUAGAAGAAAAUAUUGGGGGGACUUCUUUAUGAAGAAAACCAAGAAUGUUGUGUUGGGCUGUGUUGAACAUUACUAUAAUUUCUUUGUAAAUGAAUGUUGUAGAAAUGAGGACUUUGGUUGAUCCAACAUUGACUUUCUUCAUCACUGCAGCGUUUCUCUGACUAGCAAUGUGACGAUGUAACAAAUGAGAUUGUUUCUCAUUUAAUAAAAAAAAUGUGUAAUGUUUUGCAAAGCUUCUGUCUUAAAAUGUCCAGGUCUUUAAGAAAAAGGGCAACUUAACACUGUUUCGCUUGCAGUGUCUUUUUUCUUUCUUACAGUGGAAAUCCUCAAGUUCACUUUGUACGCAAAAAAAAACAAAAACAAAAACAAGACAAAAAUGGGGCAAUGUAGCAUGUUGGCUAAAACUGGAGCAGAGUGCACUAAAACUUUAAUUUCCUGAACUGAGCUGUUGUAGUAGUGUUCACUUUUUGAAACAUAAUUGCUCUUUAACUAUUUGUAUGUAGUGCAGUAAAUGUUACAGAAAAGACUUUUACCACACUUCUUCCAAAUUUAUAGAAAUGAUCUAAAAUUAAGAGCUUUAUUUGGAUGUGCUGCAAAACCCAAGAUUUUCAGAGUGGACAAUAAGGAAGAAUCUUGUGGAUAAAAAAAAAAAAGUACAUAUUUUGAUAAGUUAUUACACAUGGAAAAAAACCUGCUCACAU